CGCAUUCAAGAAUUGCUACUAAACGACUUUAUCUGUGCACACAACAGCAUCCAUCCCCCCUCUCUACUCUGCCAAAGUGGCGGCUGCAGCGACGUUGCCGAGUAUCGAUACAGCGCUUGGCCACCAGAGCGGUUACCCACCGACUUGUGUACGCCUACAAACGGCCGCCUGGCGAUAGGCUGCGCACUCAUUGACCAGCCAAAGAAGAAGGAAACGAGAGACCAGGCCGCGGCGUCUGAGAGUGCUAUAAUAAAGCAAUCGCUUAUUUUUAUUUUUAUUUUUAUUUUUCCGACUGUGAUUCGGUUACGGCACGGUUUUUGCAUCCCGUCUGAAGCCAUCCGAAACAGAGAUUCUCUCGUCGAGGGGCCUCUGGCGACAUUCCCAAGUGCAAAACUAGCAUCAGUCGGGUGCCAUCGGUGUAGUCCGAGUAGAGCUGCCAACAUGUCGAACCAGGCUGUGGGAAGCGUUUACCAAACGAUCAUCGAGGAGGUGAUCAACAGCUCGCGAGUCGAUUUCGAGGAGAGCGGUGUUGAAGAGGCCGUGCUGGAGGAGCUGCGAUUGGGAUGGCAACAGAAGCUUUCUCAGCUUGACGUCGCGCGGUUUCCGUGGGAUCCCAAGCCUGAGCCUGCCCCACCAACCGCAGCUGUUCCGCCUCCUAACACAGCUACGCCUGUGCAGACACAAGCUCAGUUUUCUACGCCAUUGUCAUUGCCAACCGCGAGUCCUCCCAGUGGGAUGCUGCAGAAUGGCGUCAAACCAGAGCCGUAUGUAAAGGCAGAGCCAGGCAUCAAGCAGGAGCCCGGCACACAACAGCCCAAUAUGGCCUAUUCCAACUACACUGGCAUGGAAAACAAAAACACUGUUGCUGCAAACAGGGCUGCUCAGCAGCUGCAGGCUCAGUACGGAAUGCGAGCGCAAGAUUCCAUAAAUGCGAUACAGCAGGGCCGCAUGGGUCAGCAGCCUCAGUUGCAGACACCCCAGCCAGGGCAGCCGUCAGGACCCGUAUUACCCCAGCAGCCGCAACAGCAGCCAUCAGAACAUCAGCAGCCAUUGGGCAAUGCUCAGGUUGAUGGUGCGGGUGAUGCCAUGUUGGAAGAUUCUUCAGAUGAUGAAGAAGAGAGCUUUGAAGGGGUCCUUUUGCGGCACGGUGUCAACGGUAAUCCGGAAGAGCUUGGAAGAGUCGAAAUCGACCGCAUCCUCCACGAUCAGAUUGCUGCCAAGGCCAAAAGCAUGGAAGGAGGUGGCUUGAUGCUGUCUCUUAAGGAAGCUGCAAAAGCCCAACCAAAGUCCAAAAAGCUGAGGAGUAAAGGAAAGGGUCCGGCUGGCGUAGCUGCAUAUGAUGGCGGAGAUGAUGACGACGUCGAAGUCGAUGAAGACGCCAUCAAUUCUGACCUUGAUGAUCCUGAUGAGGAUCGAGAUGAUGACGAGGUUGAUGAUGAAGGCCUGGGCCACAUCAUGCUCUGCAUGUACGAUAAGGUCCAACGCGUCAAGAACAAGUGGAAGUGCACUCUGAAAGAUGGUGUCUUGACGGUUAACGGUAAGGAGUACGUUUUUAACAAAGCAACUGGCGAGUAUGAGUGGUAGCGAAAUUCACGAGGGGGAUUCACUUUCAUCGUUGCUUUACGAUCUCAUACAUGCUACCCGAGAAGAAUCCCGUUUGGCUCAGUGCUAUCUAUUUUCAGCGGCUUUUUGUUGGCCGACUUUUAUACCUCCACUUGUCUACUUUAAUUUGGCUGUUGCUCGCUAUUUUUUACAUUUUACAUUAACUACGAAAAUGAAAUGCCAAGAUAUGAAAUACUAAAAUGAAAAAGACUAAAAAAAAGUUUGAAUUGAGGAGCAGGUGCUGGUAAUAUGAGAAUGAGGUUAUAUCCAAAGGACCAGCCAGCACAGCUGGCCUUCUUUAUGCCCCUGGGAUUAAAUGGCUUUAUUUUUCCUUUUCGUUUUCCCCUUAAUUUCGUUCAAUACACGCUGGAUAUCGCAUGAACGGUACAAUUGCGCAUGAUGCGCCUCGGGCCAUGUAUGUACAUUCUAAGCCAAAGAUAAAUUGAUUAUAACAUCA